AAGUAGUUUUUCUUUUAUUGACUGUUUUAAGUAAGAUUUCGUGGAAGUGUGAGCAGCGAGCAGCCUUAAAACUCUUAGUUUCGUAGUCGCGAAAGGUAUACCGUGUACGUGUGCGAAAGUCCGUACAGCAAAUUUUGCAUGGUUAAAUAUUCUUUAUUUUUUAAUUUUGUAAUAUCGGAUAUUUAAGAUCUACCGGCCGCAGAAAUGAGAAACGGCACGAUUGAAAAUGAUACAAAGUUAUCAUGCCUUGGCCUUAGUGAGCAAAAAGUAAAAGAGACCAUUAAAAACGCUGCACUUUACGAAACAAUCAUUUCCGCACUGUCUUUCAUUCCCGAAAAUCACACAAUCGGCAAAAAUGAGGGCCAGCUGGUUUACCAGGUUUGUACAAAAAUCAAGCAACAGUGCAAGAAUCAUUUGGAGCUUUUAAUUCGGUACAUCGUUGAGCAUAAACUGGAUACUGGGGUACGAAUCGAUGCUGCUUUAGAGUUCAUUCUGACAAAUGGACCAAACAAAAGUAUCGAUAUUGAACAGUUUGACAAAGCCUGUGGCGUUGGAAUAAUUGUUUCACCUGAGGAAAUUGAUAGUGCAGUCGAAUCUGUUAUUGAAAAACAUAAAACAGCAAUUCUAGAUCAACGAUACCGGUUCAAUGUUGGAAAGUUAUUAGCUGAAACUCGUGGCUUAUUACCAUGGGCUGACGGAAAAGCAAUUAAGAGUGAAGUUGACGUUCAGAUUUUCGACUUACUUGGUCCCAAAACUGACGUAGACUUAGCGCCGCCCGCAAAAAUUGUUAAAAAGAAAGAAAAUAGGCUAUGUGUUGAAAAAGCUGAUCCUAAUGAUGUAGUUUUACUAUCAACCCAAGAAUCACUUUUGGGCGAAACAAAGUCAAUUUCUGAUCUAAUGAAAUCGGUUCACUUUCAUGCUCCCGGGGAAAAUCACAAAACGGAUGGAUAUAUCGUGACAGAUCGAACCGAAAGCUUGCUGAAAGAACAUCUCAGUCGAACAAAUGGGCUUGUACGCACGCGUUUUCCUCCGGAACCCAAUGGAAUUUUACAUAUUGGUCACGCAAAAGCUAUUAAUAUAAAUUUUGGAUACGCAAAAGCACACAACGGCAUUUGCUUUUUACGGUAUGACGAUACAAACCCGGAAAAGGAGGAAGAGAAAUUUUUCGUUGGCAUUAAGGACAUGGUCGAAUGGUUAGGAUAUGAGCCGUACAAGAUAACGCAUUCGUCUGAUUAUUUUCAACAGUUGUACGAAUGGGCAGUAAUUCUUGUAAAAAAAGGUAUGGCCUAUGUUUGCCAUCAAACAUCUGAAGAAAUGAAAGGUUUUAAUCCACAACUUUCUAAAUGGCGCGAUCGCCCAAUUGAAGAAAGUUUACAACUCUUUAACGACAUGAAGAAUGGUAAAAUCGACGAAGGAGCAGCUACUUUACGUAUGAAAAUAACUCUCGAAGAAGGGAAAAUAGAUCCUGUGGCUUAUCGAAUAAAGUUUAUCCCUCAUCAUAGAACUGGAAACGAAUGGUGCAUUUAUCCUACGUAUGAUUAUACACACUGCCUGUGUGACAGCAUCGAAGAUAUUACUCAUUCGUUAUGUACAAAAGAGUUUCAGUCACGUCGGUCUUCAUACUAUUGGCUUUGCAACGCCCUCGACAUUUAUUGUCCAGUACAAUGGGAAUAUGGUCGGUUAAAUGUUAAUUACACUGUUGUGUCUAAGAGAAAAAUUGCGAAACUUAUCACAGAAGGCAUCGUUGAGGAUUGGGAUGAUCCAAGACUGUUUACAUUAACUGCCUUACGCCGGCGUGGCUUUCCCUCAGAAGCGAUAAAUAAUUUUUGUGCUCAAAUAGGCGUUACUGGAGCGCAGAGUUCUGUCGAUCCAUCAGCUUUAGAAGCAUGUGUUCGUGAUAUACUGAACCUAUCUGCCCCGCGCGCGCUAGUUGUGUUGGAACCGCUGAAAGUUACUCUCGUUAAUUUCCCGUACGAAACUCCGUUGAAAAUUACCGUACCAAAUCACCCUAAUUAUCCAGAUAAAGGAAGCCAUGAUAUUUGGAUUGAUAAGACAUUAUACAUAGAACGAUCGGACUUUGCGGAAGAACCUCCAAAAAGCUUCCGCCGACUGACUCCAGUACAGCAAGUUGGACUGCGUUAUGCCGGAUUUGUCAUUAACGUAAUCAAAAUUCUGAAGGAUCAAAACGAAUCUAUUAAUGAACUUAUUUGUGAAUGCAAACCUGCUCUCAAUACUGACAAACCCAAGGCAUUCAUUCAAUGGGUUUCACAACCGAUUGAGAUUGAGGUUCGUUUGUAUGAGAAGUUGUUUAAGCAUAAAAACCCAGAAGACGUGAAUGAUGUUCCAGACGGGUUUAUAAGUGAUUGCAAUUCAAAUUCACUCAAGAUACUAUCUGCUUACGCGGAUGCAUCUAUCGCUAAUGCGAAAGUUCUUGAUAAGUUUCAGUUUGAAAGAAUCGGAUAUUUUUCGGUUGAUCCUGCUAGCACGGAGCGUCACUUGAUAUUUAAUAGAACAGUUGGACUAAAGGAAGAUGCGGGAAAGAAUUAAUUUUAUUUUGUUGUUUUUGCAUU